AUGGAGGAACGAUAUGGUAGACUUGUUGAUAGGAUUCUAUUCAAAAGCAUUAAGGGAAGUAAAUCAUUAGAAUCUCUAUGGUGGAGAGAUAUAAUGAAGAUUGGUGAUGACAACGAUGAUGCAGGUUUUAUCCAGAAUUUGGCAAUUAAAUUGGGAGAUGGAGGGUGUGUACCGUUUUGGACGAAAAGAUGGCUGGGGAGCAGGCCAUUCUGUUUAUUAUUUCCUCUUCUUUUUCAGGUAUUGGAGGGCAACGAAGUUUCUAUGCAAUCAAUGGGGAGGUGGGAAAACAAUAGGUGGGUCUGGAAUUUAGCAGAAAUGGAAGUAGAGCUAAGUUUGGAGGCAAGUGUGGAACUGGAAGAAUUGAAGGAAAUACCGUUGGGGAUAGAGCCAAGGAAAAAUGAGCAUGACAACUUUGUCUGGCCUUUAAACGAAGAUGGUGUUUUCAAUGUCUCAUCUUGCUACAAGAAGCUGAUGCAAGGGCGGGCUGAUAGAGUUGCGGAACCACGGAGGAUGGGAGCUAGAAGCCUAGAAGCGGCGCAAAUCCUUUGGGAAUUAAGGAUGCCAUCAAAAGUUAAAAUUUUCGGGUGGAGAUUAAUUCAAGACAGACUGGCCACUAAAUCUCAACUGAUCAAAAGAGGGAUUUUAGAACAAAAUGAUGCAGCCUGCUGUGUUUUUGGCUGCAGUCAAAUUGAAGACAUCCAACAUCUAUUUAUUAAUUGUGCUGUUUUAAGGAGGCUGUGGGGAAGCAUAUAUGAUUGGUUAGGUAUUGCAUACCCGGUUGGAUCUGACUGCAUCUCUAACUUUCUGCAUAUGCUGAAUUCAUUGAGGUUCAAGUGUUCUAGGAAAAGAGUGGGUUGCAUAUGGAUGGCUACUUGCUGGUUAAUAUGGAAGCAGCGGAACGACAUAAUUUUCAAUAACGUGGUGGCGGACAUGGAUGAAAUUCUGCACAGUGUGAAAAUGUUAUCGUGGUGGUGGCUGGAGAUUGGAAACAAUCGGAAGGUUUUGUGCAAUUUCUAUGAAUGGUCACAUUGUCCUCUAGAAUAUAUGUAA